AUGCGUUUCAGAUUUGCCGCUACCGCCACUGGCCUGACUGACUCAGAACGCCUACUAAUUGAUUCUAUCAAACGGCGUUCGCCAAAGUUGAAAAAAUCUCAUGCUCACUUGGAAGUUGAGGGCCUCUCGGAAAGGCCAGUGGUCGCAUUGAGUACCGCUGAAGAGUACAACUUGGAGACAAUCGGAAACGCAAUUGCCAAGCAAGGGCUCUAUCACCCGGUGCCUAAUGACGGAAAUGAUUUUAAUGAUGAAGACAUCCUUCAUCUUACUGCAAAGUACAAAACAGAUGAUAAGAAGCGAGAAUUUUUCAUCUUCAGAGAAGGCUCGAUUGUGUUCUGGAACAUGACUUCAACUGAGUUUGGUUACAGCUCCAAGUCCAGGCUGCAAAAAGGCCUCAUUUAUUUAAACAUUGAGAAUGAUACUAACGUUGUUCAUUUGGAAAAAUAUGCCUUCUCUAAUGCCAUUGCACUCUCAGUCAAGUUAUCUAUUUGGGAAGCCAAUUUGGAUCGAUAUAUCGACAGCAUUGCCUACAUUACUCAGGACAUGAAAGAUGGCCGUAAAAUAAAACUGACUCGAGAGCAAGUGUUCCAAAAGACGGGUCAGUUGUUUGGCCUGCGCCACCGACUCAACCUCAGCUCAGAUCUGCUCGACACGCCCGAUUUUUACUGGGAUCGUGAAGAACUUGAGCGACUGUUCACUGCCACCCACGCCCACCUCAACAUCAACAAACGGACCAGAGUGAUGAAUGAGAAGCUGAACCACUGCAUUGAGCUGAUGGAUCUACUCUCAGCGCACCUCAACGACAUUCACCACGUUCGUCUUGAAUGGAUGAUUAUUGUGCUCAUUAUGAUUGAGGUCUUCUUUGAGAUCAUGCACUACGUUGAACGUUUGGCCACCAUGUAA